AUGCUUUUCGCAUUUGAAGUUACCGGCAUAGAUUUAUGUGGCCCUCUGAUUCUCAAAAAUAAAAACAAAACCUGGGUAGUACUGUUUACGUGUGCUGUAUAUAGAUGUGUACAUUUGGAACUAGUGACAUCCGUAAAUACCGAAUGCUCCAUUCAAGCGUUUCGUCGGUUCAUAGCCAGAAGAGGUCGGCCAUCUACAGUUUAUUCAGACAACGGCACAAAUUUCGUCGGUACAUCUGCAUUGCUGAAAAAGGUUGACUGGGUAAAGGUAAUUGCUCAGGAAACUUUGCAUCCCAUCACUUGGAAGUUCAUUCCGCCCACUGCUGCUUGGUGGGGCGGAUGGUGGGAGCGUCUAAUCCGCACAGCCAAGAAUUUGAUUGUGAGAGUCUUAGGACAAGCUGCAGUCAAUUACGAAGAGUUACUCACCGUCAUCUGUGAUGUGGAAGCCGUACAGCAGAUUUGGAUGGAUGCUUUAGAUCGAAAUAAACUCUUGGCUCGUCAGCGUUUCUGCCAGGAACUUCGAGAACAAUUUCGUAGCCGUUUCCGCAAGGAGUACCUUGGACAGUUAGUACAAAAGCAUGGACAGACGGACUGUGAAUUAAAAGUUGGAGACAUCGUGCUAAUAGGUUGUGAGAACCUUAAAAGAGUGAACUGGCCAAUUGCUCGUGUCCAAGAACUUUGUACAAGCAGAGAUGGACGUGUAAGAGUUGUAAAAGUGAAAACUAGAAAUGGCAUACUGAUUCGUCCUGUACGUAAACUGUACCCUCUAGAAGUGUGUUCCUGUACUAAGGAUACCAUUAUUUGA